GUAACCCAUCUUUACCACAUACUUGUUUUGGGGUUAUUAAUGAAAUGGGCCCUUCACCUUCAUUAACAGUUCCUUUAUCAUCUUCACAAAAUUCUGUAGAUGUAGACGAUACAGCCACGAGUUUACCUUCUUCUUUACCAACACACACCUCUAAGCCGCCCCUCAGCAUGUCACAAGAGUUGGAGGAAUUACUGAUAAAACUAGAUAAAGAAUCAAAAAUGAAGUCUGGGGUAGAAAAUAUGCUCGAAGUCUACUUCAAAGACAAGAAGCGCACAAAGGACUUGGAACUUCAACUCGAAGCUUAUAAUACAUCCAUUGAUGAUACAAUAAAACGCAUUGAACACAUCAGAACAAAUGCCGGAAGCAAUAUUAUUGAAGUUGCAAAACUUUUAAAGUCUUAUAAAUAUACUGGAACAAGCUUCUCAGAUGCCAUUACACCGUCUGUUCUAGCUCAAUCACGCUCGAAACUGAGGUCGAACGGAGGUACUUCAAAAGGCAAACAGAAAGCAUCACUAGAGAAUGUUUCGUACCCUGAUGACGAUGCGUGGCCCAUUGGAAAGCGACUCGAUCAUAUUAUUCAAUUCCUGGAAAUGGACGAAUGGAAACUCAUGGCAAAUACAACCAUCAAGGAUUCAAAGCUAGAAAAGCUCGAAACUCUCAUCAGAAUAUUAAAAAACACAACUGACAUUGAUACUUAUUGUCCCAAGAAGAAAUUAAUUAUAUGUUUACGUCAAUGUAUUGUCAGUCCUACCAAAGAAAUACGGAUUAUGGCUUUAAGAGCACUACGCUUAUUAGUGGAAGGCCCCCACGAUGUCGAAACCAUGCUGGUACACCAAUUAGAUAUUUUCACAGCAAGAGCUUUGGCGCGUGAUCCAGAAGGAUAUGAACCAGAAAGAGAACAGACAUUAAAGCUCAUACGCUCAUUUAUCGAAUAUGGCGGUGUAAAAUAUAUCAACCAAGGCAUUGUUAAGGCUGUCGUAGCUGUUGCAGAACAACAGGAUUGUAAACUGAGAAAUAUCGCAUUAGAGACCCUGGCCGAAUUGACAAUUUUGGAUAUCGCAUUGACCGUAAGAUCCGGUGGAUUAAGAGUACUGAUACAAGCAUUGAUUGAUGGACAACCCGGAAUAUCAGAAGUAUUAGUUCAGUCUGUAUUAUAUGUGCUCGAUUCACCCGAAAAAAGAUGUUACCUUAGACCAGGUGUGGAAUUGGAGACCAUCAUUGCUCCUUUCACUGAAAACAGCAAAGGGGCUAAUUAUGAAGAACGACUUAAAAAUAGUGCUAAAAUGGUGACGACCUUGAUCAAGAGCUGGGCAGGUAUUUUUUAUAUGAGUGCAAACAAUAUGAGGGCCGCUCGUUCUGUUGUGCAAGCAUUACGCAUGCCUAUACCAGAAACCCAGAAAUUGGCACUAGAUAUGUUCUUCGAAGUGUUUAGAGUGAAACUGCCAAAGGAUCACCACGGGUUUCUUUCGGGAAGACAGCACACCGUUCAAAUAGCACCCACCACCAGUUCAGAUUCAGCAAAGACAUCAAAUCAUCCAGGACCUACUUCUGUAUUAAACGGUGUAGUCAUGUCUAAUUUGAUGACAGCGGGUGGCAUCAGUCCUGACGCCUAUGCUAGAUCUACAUUAAAUCGUGGAGCUACCACAGCCAGUAAUGCCGAGAGACUCAAGAUGCUGGAUCAUCAUCUCAGUAUUAUCAUCAUCAUCUUUAUCGAAUCGGAUAUUCUGAUGGCACUUAUUGAUAUGGUGAAAUCAGAUGAUAUUUACAUGUCACGUAAAGCCACUUUAUUAAUUGGUGAAAUCCUGCAACUUUCCACCCGUCUUUUACCCAUUUUGAUGGCCAUCCAAGUACAAUCUUUACCCAAACUCUUUACAUUAGCAUCCAAUUUCGAUGACGAACAAGUGCGACAUAAUGCCACAGCAGCACUGGCUCAUAUCGAUCGAUUGACUCGAGCAAGAACUCGUUAUGUCGCUUCCAACGCAACAUCCACUUUAGCCACCUAUAAGGGAGGUGAACGUAUUUUAAAUAGUGCAACCUCCGCCCGUACACAAGAAAAAGUGCAUGAAGUCAAAUUAAAAAUUGGUUAUGCCAUUGACGAUACUCAUUUCAGACAGCUCCUUAUGGAUUCUCAAGUGCUCAACACCAAAGAUUAUACAAAAUGGAACUGGGAUAGCGUGACAGAAUUACUACAGGGCCCAUUGUUAAACCCGAGACGAUUGGAAGAAGCCAUGCGUGGCAGAAAAUUUAUCAAACGACUGCUGGCAUUUUAUCGACCUUUUAAACAUCAGUUUUCGGACAUGAAUGCUACCAAAGGAACCAUCGGUCGUUAUGUUAAGACGGGUUGUACAUUGUUAUCGACCUUGUUGACAAAUACCGAUGGCGUACGCUAUUUAAUUGAAAAUAAAUUACUGGGGGAUAUAGCAGAAGCCUUUAAUGAAUUAGAUCCUUUGCUCUUGAACGGUGAUCCCGAAACAGAGCCCAUCUUUUCAAAGGAACGCAUGGAAAGUACUUUAACAUGUGGUUACUUUGCUCUAUUAGGCACAUUAUCAAAAUACAAGGAAGGUGUACGCAUCUUAGAGAAAUUCAAAAUUUUCAGCUGUUUUUAUCAAAUCUCGGAACUCAAGAAUAGAACUGAUCUCAAAGUCGCCAUGAUUACCAAUCUUGAUUAUACUUUAGAUGGACAUCCUCGAGUAUUAUUGUCAAAAAUCAUGACAUCCGGUUAUAACCCCAUUCGUUUGUUCGCUACACAACAUAUCGGUGUCAUCAUGCGUCAGUCAGAAGCUGAAUAUAACGACUGGGUCAUUCGGUUAUUGGUUACGCAGCUCUAUGAUACUCACAUGGAUGUCUGUCAGACUGCUGUCAGUUUACUGGACGAAGCCUGCGAAAAACAGGCCAAUCUGGAACUAUUAGUGCAAUGCCGACCGAGUUUAGGUCAUUUAGGCGAGAUUGGGAACCCAUUGCUAUUAAGGUUUUUGUCGACUUCCACCGGCUUUUGUUAUCUAAAUGCCUUGGGCUAUGUUCAAAAAGAAAUGGACGAUUGGUUUGAGAGAGGAAAUCAGAAUUAUGUAACACAAUUGGAGCUUUCGCUGGCGAGAGCAUUAGUUAAUACGCCCGAAAAAAAAGUCAUCAAUCCAUUUGAAGAACGAGUAGAUAGUGAAAACGAUUUUGAAUCAUUACAACCAGGGGAUGGAUUGACACCGCCUCACUUUUACGGCGAGUUAACAAAGACAGAGGAAGGAUGUCAUUUAUUACGAGAUAAGGGUCAUUUUAAAUUAUUUGCCGAUUUCGUUCGUAAUUUCCCGCUAGAAAAGCAUGUGGAAAUGGAAGAAUCUCUGGCUCAAUUAAAGGCGGUCUUAUGGGCGCUGGGGAAUAUCGGUGCGACUAAAAAUGGACUGCCGUUUUUGGAAGAAGAGGACAUUGUUAAGGACAUCAUUAUCAUGGCAGAGAGUAGUGAUAUUCUAUCAUUAAAAGGAACUUGUUAUUAUGUGCUUGGGUUAAUUGCCAAAACGCAACAAGGUGUAGAAUUGCUAGGUGAAAUUGGAUGGGAAAGUGUGGUCUCACCUAACGGAGAACCCGAAGGAUUAUGUGUGCCAUUAAAUCUAUCCCGAUUCUUGACAAUUCGGAAUUGGAAAUAUAAGCCUGCAUUGUCAGCACCACCUAUUCUACCAAAAUCUGCCACAGCUGAUUCAAUUGGUGCAGACAUACUAAAGAAUAUUGGUGAUAUGAGCAACCAUAUAUUAGCGAAUGAAGCCUCUAAAAACUUGGCUAGAUUAAAGCAAUUUUACCCUGAAUCUUUCAAACGAGUGGACCUGUACUAUUCUGUAUGUCAAUUAUUAGGCAGCUAUCAUUUUAGGUCCCCCGUGAGAAAAUACGUAUUAGAGAUAUUCGAUAUGCGAUUUACGACCGAGUUGUUGAAAGAGCUUGAUGAGAUCUCUGCUACGACAACACCAUGUAUAACAUUUACCUCAACCGAUGAAGCGAUUUUGUCCAACACAACACAUUCUACAUCGGCUAUUCCCAAUCCUAGCGACAGUAUACCACAAGAGAAAUUAGAGCCAAAGCAUGUAAAACUAGGAUUUCAUAUACGAUGAUCUCAUUUCUCCCCUCUGGGGAUUUUUAAGUCCCCGAGAGUACAUAAUCAUGCUGAUGAUUGAACCAUCUUCCUUAAUUCUGAUUGGAUAAAACUCAUUUAGCAAGCAUGCUUUUUUUUUUUUCUAAACCAUCAAAUCUUUUUUUUUUUUUCAUCCA